AUGGUAAAGAUAAGGCUGCUAGCAAGACCGGAGAAGGCACUGGUACAACGAAUGGCAAAGAUAAGGCUGCUAGUGGAACCGGAGAAGGCUCCGGUACAACGAAUGGUAAAGAUAAGGCUGCUAGCGGGACCGGAGAAGGCACUGGUACAACGAAUGGUAAAGAUAAGACUGCUAGUGGAACCGGAAGAGGCGCUGAUGUAA